AUGUUUGUGAAGUCGUGUAAGAUUUGUGAAAAAUUCGCUCGUAAAAAUCCAAAACAGCCCUUGUUACAAUAUCCGUUACCGCAAAGACCCUGGGAACGUGUAGGUACUGAUAUAUUUACGUAUGGUAACCAAAGUUAUCUGGUACUAUUUGCUGCAUACUCAAAUUGGUUGGAAAUAUUGCCAAUAACUGAUAAAAGCGCUCAUGCUGCUAUCAAAGUGAUGAGACCUAUAUUUGCAAGGUUUGGUUCCCCAGAGUUUUUGGUGGCAGAUAAUGUACCAUUUAAUAGUUGGCAGUUCAGAAAUUUUGCUGAUUCCUGGAACUUCAAAAUACUGUUCAGAAGUCCACAUUUUGCCCGCUCAAACGGUUUAGCAGAAAAGGCUGUAUCAAUUGCGAAAAAUAUUCUUAAAAAAACGGAAGGUAAAGAUAGUAUAGAGGGUAUUGAUAGCGCUCUGUUGACUUAUAGAAAUGCUCCACUCAAAUAUAUGGACUACUCCCCAGCGCAAUUAUUGUUUAGCCGUAGGUGCAAAACAAAGGUGCCUAUUUCUGACAGGUUGCUGCAUCCUGAGUUGUGUAAAAAUGUUUUUGAAAAAUUAAAGAAAAAGAGGGAAAUUAAUCUUUUCAAUUUCAAUAAAAAUUGUGGUAAAGAUUUGCCUCCAAUUGAUAGAGAUGCUGAUGUUACUGUUUAUAAUCAUCAUCAUAAGACAUGGGAACCAGGAAUUGUAAUAAAUAAACAUGGGGCUCCUAGGUCUUACAUAAUUGAGGAUAAGUUUGGAAAUAGCAUAAGACGAAAUCGUCAUGAUAUAAGGCUAUCUAAUAACCCUUACAUGGCACAACAUACUCAGGAUUUCACUGAUGUCUUAAAUGAAAAUUUGCCCAAUCAAGAGCCUUGUAAAACAGCAAGUUGUUCUAAUCAUUCAUCAGUAAAUAACAAUUUGAGUUUUGAUGUAUCAUUUGAUACUAGUGUUGGGUUACCUAGUAAUAGUGAUAAUACUUUAAGAGUUACCCGUUCAGGUCGUACUGUUAAAAGACCUGAUAGACUUAAUCUUUAA